CGUCAGGAUAAAAGAAACGUGUAAAUAGUUCCAAGAUGAGCCACGCUCUCGCCCGGUCGCUCCUUUUGCUGCUGCUGGCCAGCUCGGCGCUGCUUUCCGUGCAGGGGAAGACCGUGCAUAGACGCACGGACAAGAUCUCCGAGAACUUCAAGCAGCUCGAUCUGCCGCCAGAGGAAAUCGAUCCCAAUGUGGCGCCACCCGAGCCCGAGACGGAGUCCCAGAAGCCAACCAGCUCCGAUCUACCAGCUCCGGCGGAGACUCCGGCUGCGUCCGCGGCGGAUGCAAUUGUGGAUGAGAGCGCCAACGAAAUUGCUAGCGUGGAUGCGGCACCAGCUGCCGCCGCCGCCGCCGCAGCAGAGGUUACCACGGCAAAGCCAAAGCCAACGACAGCUCCUACAAAGCCGCAGGAGGAUGCGGACAAGAAUCCGAUUAGCCGUUAUUGCAAGUGCACGGAAUCUCACUGCGACUGCUGCCGUAAGUUCGGGCUGCCGCUGCUGCCGAGCGGGCCCGGCUGUGCGAAGAUCUCGUAUCUGGGCAACGACGAGAUGAGCGUCUCGCUCAAGUUUGGCGAGAUCACGCUGGCCUCGCGGCGCAUCUCCAGCAAGCGGGCGCGUCCCAUUUGCGUGAGCAUGCCCGGCGGCUACUCGAAGUUCUGCGGCCGGGUUUACGGCCUGUCCCGGGCCAAGGAGAACUUCAAGGCGUGCCUGGCCUUUGAGCUGCGCGCCGAGGACGAGGUGGAGGCGCAGCUGCCGAUCUCCUGCUUCAAGUUCGGUGCCGAGGGACUGCGCGUCGCCGAGGCGGAACCGCUGCCCACCAAGGUCAAGCAGGAGGAGGACGACGACGACGACAUCUUCGGCUUUGGCGCUGGCGGCGACGAUGACGAGGAUGAGGAUGAGGACGACUACGAUGAUGGCGAUGGCGAUGGCGAUGCGGAGCCCUCGGCGGAGGAUGACGACGCCGACGACUAUGCGGAGGAUGACGACACCGAGGCGCCCGAAGAUGCCGACUACGGCGGCUUCAGCCUUGGCGGUCUGCUCGACGAGCUCGACGACGACGAGGACGACAAGCCCAGCAAGAAACCGGCCGUGGCCCCCAGCCCAGCACCCGAUCAGACAACGCGCGAGCACGUCGAACCGGAUGCCGCCCAGAGCAAGGAUGAGGCAGGAACUCCAGCUGAAGCUGCUCCCGUGCCCGAGGAGGCGGCGGUGACUGCGGCGCCCGGCGUCGAGGCAACUACGGCCAAGGCCACCAAGUCCAAGAAGGCGAAAAAGAACAAGAACAAGAAGAAGAAGAAGAAGGCCGCCAAUGAUGCGGCCGUCGGUGGCGAGGGCGAGGGCGACUUCGCCUACGAGCUGCUCAACGGCAUCCUGGAUUUUUUCAACUGAGCGGCCAGCGCGAAUUCGCCAACAUGCUUGGCAACACUGUAAAUACCUUCUAGCGAUGACGUUGAGCCGCGUUUACGGACAGAGGGCGCAAAGAGAGAGAGCGAGAACGAGAGCGAGAUCAUGCCGAGGAGUUAGUUUGUAAUUUUGCUAACUUAUUUAUUUAUAUAACAUAUAUAUACGUAUUUAUUCGAACCGUCUGGCAA